CUUUCAUCUGCCGCCGCGUCGGUCGUCGAUCCCCAUGUCUGCCGCCGCCGCAAAUCUCCCCCGGGAUCAGAAGAAACCUAAAUGGCCGCAGCUCCGGUACGGUAUUGGCCGCUGCAAACGCUGCCGGGAACUUGAUAAACUGAAACUGAAACCCAAGCCGGACGACCACGAUUACAUAGGGCAGAGCGACGAUUUCGAGGGCGACGAAGAACUAAUGCUAAGGGUCAUUCAUUACCGGAGGAAAUGCGAGGUCACCGGUGGUUUCGAUGUCGAUUGCCCUCCAUCAUCGAAAUAAGGUUACGUCUAUCGUCUAGAACAUUAUCAUACUACUGAUCGAAAUUUGGACAAGAAAGUUGAGAGAGCUGUCAAAUUUGUGGUGGACACAUAUAAUCAACAAAAGGGUCAAAACUUGAUUUUACUCAAUAUUCAGAACGUUAAUGUCUGGCUUGGUGGCUAUUGGUACGUAUUCUACGUAACUUUCGAAGGCUUCCAGGAGUCUCAUCAUAAGAGGAAUGAUAGUAGUUAUGUUCAUAUUUACCAAACAGUUGUAUUUUAUGAACGUUGGCGGCAUGUCCCCAUUUAUAAAAUCCAUAUCUUCAGAAAGAGUAACUUAAUUGGCAAAGAUGAGGAUUUGCUACCACCUCGUCCCUCUGACAAAGAAAGUACAAAGGUAAAGAAAGAGUUGAUGUGAACCUUGGCUUGAAAAGCCUAAGGGGAGCGAUAGUUGUUGAAUGGUAAUAUUGUUUUGUCUUAAAUUAAAGUAACUAGGAGUGGAAUUAUUUAAGUACAUUGCAUUUUUUGCCAGACAAGUUUCAU